AUGGUCCGGGAGUGGCUUAAGAGAUCCAAGAACUGUCCGUUGACGUUAUCUUUGGAAAUGAUCGAGGAUCUAGAUUCAGAACCCGAAGAAUGGGAAGCCACCAUCUCUGCGACAAACAAAAUCCUUCGAACUGUGGUCAAACAUCUUCACCGCUGGAAAACAGUCUUUUUCUCCUUCUCAAAUUUCCCCAUCCAGUCCGACUCCCCACUUUUACACCUUCCUCCAUCACCUACGGCAGCACCAGUGUUAGAACGAGUAGAUGUUUGCGAGAGUAAGAGCUUCACCACGGUUGAAGAUAGCAAGAAGUUUUGGCAAGCUAUUGCCAGUUAUCCGAGUGUUCGUCAUGUCAUGUGGAUAGACGAUCAAACAGUGGAAAGUUCGAAAUCCGUUCUCCCGAACCUUCUCCCCCCAUCUUCCCCCGAGUCAUCAUGGACAAACCUCACCCGACUUGCUACACGAUUCAUCGUAGACGAAUCUCUUAUGGAGUUUCUUUCUGGGUGCAAAGGCUUGGAAGUGUUGCAUGUCACCGGACUCGAGCAGUCGGAUUCCACGAGUACACUUCUCCCUCGACCGCGCGUUUGUUUGCCUUCGCUGAAGAAACUUGAAUUCGGAGCUGGAGCUUGUCGUGGAUCGGUAUCCGUUGCGUUGGGUACGCUUCUUGACACAUUAGACCUUCCGAUGCUGGAGACUUUAGAAUUGGAGGAAUGGGCGUGUCCGAAAGCUUGGAUGGAGUUGAUUCAGCGGAGUGAGAGUCGGGUGAAGAGGAUAAGCGUGGCAGUUGAUGGAAAUGCGUUGUUGUCGCUGUCCCUGGAUGAUAACACAGACGGGUCGGAGGGAGAUGUGGAUGUCCAGAGUAUAUUAGUGUCGUUGGCUAUGAGGCACUUGGAGGAACUCGGUGUUUCGUUGUUCUGCCCCGGCGCCACUGACCGCGAUAGCCUCUUUCUCCGGGGUGUCAGUUUGAAACAGGGUUUGGGCGCGUUACCUUCACCUUCUAUGAGAAGAUUGCGUUUGGAGAUUGAUGAUUUUCAGUUGGAGGGUGAGGUAUUGGAGGGGAUGGUGAGGUCGUGUGUAGACUCGGAGUUGGAAGAUACGAGGUGUGCGGUAUCCGUAGACGUUGUGAGGAGAAGGCCUAUGUAG